AUGGAGACUACAACGUACACACGAAGCAGGACCACAGACUUUUUCUACAAAACUAACUUUUUAAUUUUCAUAUUCGGUCAACCCAACUUUUGGAUAGAAGAUCUAAAGUUAUCCAAAACAUUUGUUAAGUUCUAUUAUUAUUUUUCAAUUUUCAAUGAUAUCUUAAUAUGGCUGCUUAUCCUCUUCGAAUAUGGAUCAUUCUUCACGCAAAAUAAUUUGAGUGAGAAACAGAAAUCGGACCUGAUCAUUUUUGCGAUAUCCCAUCCGAUGUUGUGUUUGUUUAGCGUGAUGAUGUCGAGACUCAAGAAGAAGAUAAGGCUGGUGAUAUACAGCCUGGCGGUAGGGUUGAAGAGGGAGUACAAUGACCCCGAGGUAGAGAAGCAAAUGAUUGCAAGUUCCCUAACUUAUCUGUCUGCUUUGUUGAUCAGCUGUCUGAGUGCUAUGGUCAUGUUUGUGGUUAAAGCUUGUCUGGACAUCGUGAGACACGGAGGUACCUUCACGACAAUAAUUACUGCAUACCCGGACGUGAAGGAUAAGUCCGUCCUGGCUGAUGUAGUCAGAGUUUUCUGCUACAUAGUGUGGUGGAUUAUGGUCACCAGAGUGUUUGCGGUGUUCAUUCUGCUGAUCACUCUGACCACUUGCCUCGGCUAUCAGUUCAAGAACCUGCAGAGCUACUUCUCCAGUUUAGCCGAUAUAUUUGAGAGAAAAGAUUUGAAUCAAACGGAGAAAGAAGAUAAGUAUGAGGCAGGUUUAAAAGUUGGGAUUAAACUUCAUUCGGAAUCGUUGAAGUGUGCCAAGGAAAUACAAGCCGUGUGUCGUGGCGUUUUCAGCGGUCAGAUCAUUUUCAACGUUCUUCUUUUGACUGUACUACUAUACCAGAUGGCCAAUUCGGAGCGCACGCUGGUGAACAUAUUCGCGACGGUGGCAACAGCCAGCGCCGUGCUCAUCAGCACUGGCUUCUACAUGUGCAAUGCUGGCGACGUCACCGUUGAGGCUUCUCGACUUCCGACAGCGAUAUACUUCUCUGGCUGGCAUCACUGCCGGGGGCCGGCUGCGGUGCGCCUGCGCAAGCUAGUUGUUGUCGCCAUGGCACAUUCCCAACGGCCCGUUGUGCUCAAAGGCCUUGGACAAAGCUCAUUCGCUUUUGAAAUUCUAACAAUGGAGACCACCACGUACACACGUAGCAAGACCACAGACUUCUUCUACAAAAUGAACUUCGCAAUCUACAUAUUUGGUCUGCCUAAUUUCUGGAUAGAGGAUCUAAAAUUAUCCAAAAGAUUUGUCAAAAUCUACGACAAGAUUUCACUUUUCAACGAUUUGUUGGUAUAUCUGCUUCUGGUGAUGGAGUUUGGUGCAUUCUUCACACAACAUAAUUUAACGGACAAGCAGAAGUUUAACUUGAUGGUUUUUGCGAUAUCCCAUCCGUUGCUGUGCUCGUUUUGCGUGAUGGUGUCGAAGCUCAAGAAGAAGGUGAGGCUGGUGAUGUACAGCCAGGCGGUGGCAUUGAAGAGGGACUACAAUGACCCUGAAGUGGAGAAGCAGAUGAUCGCGCGAUCCCUCACCUACGUGCUCGCUUUCAUGUCCAGCUGUACCAUAACGAUGAUCAUGUUUGCCAUCGAAGCUAUUUGGGACGUCAUACGACAUGGUGCGACGUUUACCACUUUAAUAACUGCUUACCCAGAUGUUCAGGACAGAUCUGUCUUAGCUGACGUAGUCAGAGUACUGGCCUUUGUAACCUGGUGGAUCUUCUUGACCAAAAUGGUUGCAGUGUACAUGCUGGUCAUACCCUUGACUAUAAGCCUCCGUUAUCAAUUCAAAAACCUGCAGAGCUACUUCCUCAGCCUGGCUGAUUUAUUUGAGAGAAGUGAUUUAAGCCAGAAGGAGAAAGAAGAGAAAUAUGAGGCAGGUUUAAAACUUGGGAUUAAACUCCACUCGGAGACAUUGAGUUGUGCUGAGGAUACACAAGAUGUGUGUCGAGGAGUCUUCAGCGGACAGAUCAUCUUCAACAUCUUGCUAUUGAUUGUAUUAAUGGCGCAGAUGGUCACUUCGGAGCGCACGUUUGUGAACAUGUUCGGAACGGUGGCGACGUCUUGCACCGUCAUCACCAGCACCGGCUUCUUCAUGUGGAACGCCGGGGACGUCACUGUUGAGGCUUCGAAUCUGCCGACAGCAAUAUACUUCUCCGGUUGGCAGCACUGCCAGCAAGAGUCCUCUAUGCGUGUGCGACGAUUAGUUGUUACAUGCAUGUCGCAUGCCCAGCAGCCUGUGAUCUUCAAGGGUCUUGGAUACAUAGAACUUUCAUACCAAUCGUUUAUCACGAUCGUGAAGUCAUCGUACUCCGUCUUUUCUGUGCUGUAUUAG